AUGACGACGCCGACUCCAGCUCGCAUUCCCACCUCGCCCGCGUCCACGGCGGCGACCGGCCGUGGCUCCCUCCUCUUCCGUCGCCCUUUCGUCGCCGGCAGGCCCGGCGGCCGACCGGCGACCGCGCUCUUCGCCCGGACGCCGGCGGCGGCGGAGCUGGUGGAGCGGUCGGUGAACACCAUCCGGUUCCUGGCCGUGGACGCCGUGGAGAAGGCCAACUCCGGCCACCCGGGCCUCCCCAUGGGCUGCGCUCCCCUGGGCCACGUCCUCUUCGACGAGUUCCUCCGCUUCAACCCCACGAACCCAGGCUGGUUCGACCGCGACCGCUUCGUGCUCUCCGCCGGACACGGCUGCAUCCUCCACUACGCGCUGCUCCACCUCGCAGGAUACCAAGGCGUCACGAUGGAUGAUCUGAAAGCUUUCCGGCAGUGGGGAAGCAGAACUCCUGGCCAUCCAGAAAAUUUUGAAACAGAUGGCAUUGAAGUCACAACUGGUCCUCUUGGGCAGGGCUUUGCAAACUCUGUUGGACUAGCGCUUGCGGAGAAACAUCUGGCUGCUCGUUUCAACAAGCCUGAUUUCGCCAUCGUAGACCAUUACACGUAUGUCAUACUUGGGGAUGGUUGCCAAAUGGAAGGUGUUGCGAAUGAGGCAGCCUCCCUUGCUGGUCAUUGGGGUCUCGGAAAAUUGAUUGCCUUCUAUGAUGAUAAUCAUAUAUCAAUAGAUGGUAGUACAGAUAUUGCUUUCACUGAAGAUGUGCUUGCUCGAUAUGAGGCCCUAGGAUGGCAUACUAUCUGGGUGAAGAAUGGAAACACUGGUUAUGAUGACAUCCGUGCAGCUAUAAAAGAAGCAAAGGAAGUUAAAGAUAAGCCAACUCUUAUCAAGGUGACUACUACAAUUGGUUAUGGGUCUCCUAACAAGGCAAGCACCCACAGUGUCCAUGGCAGCGCUCUAGGUUCCAAAGAAGUUGAGGCAACCAGGAAAAAUCUUCUCUGGCCGCAUGAGCCGUUCCAUGUCCCUGAUGAGGUGAAAAGUCAUUGGCGUCACCAUCUUGAUGAGGGUGCUUCUCUUGAAGCUGAAUGGAAUGCAAAGUUUGCAGAAUAUGAAAAGAAAUACCAACAGGAGGCCGCUGAGCUAAAUAGCAUAAUUUCAGGGGAACUGCCCUCUGAGUGGGAUAAGGCCCUUCCAACCUAUACUCCUGAAAGCCCUGCUGAUGCUACUAGGAACUUAUCUCAACAGUGCUUAAAUGCUCUUGCCAAAGUAAUACCUGGAUUUCUUGGCGGCAGUGCUGAUCUUGCAUCAUCAAACAUGACAUUGCUAAAGAUGUUUGGUGAUUUCCAAAAAGACACUCCUGAAGAGAGAAACAUCCGUUUUGGUGUUAGAGAGCAUGCAAUGGGUGCCAUUUGUAAUGCCAUUGCCCUACAUAGCCCUGGCCUAAUACCUUACUGUUCAACAUUCUUCGUGUUCACAGACUACAUGAGAGCUCCUAUUCGUCUUUCGGCAUUAUGUGGAUCAGGAGUGAUCUAUGUGAUGACUCAUGAUUCCAUUGGACUUGGAGAAGAUGGGCCAACCCAUCAGCCAGUUGAGCAGUUGUUCAGUCUCCGAGCAAUGCCAAAUAUAUUAGUGCUCCGACCUGCUGAUGGUACUGAGACCUCGGGGGCUUACAGGCUUGCAGUUAUUAACAGGCAAAGGCCCUCUGUCCUUGCACUCUCUCGGCAGAAACUCCCGCAGCUGGAGGGCACAUCAGUUGAAGGCACCGCCAAGGGAGGAUAUGUUAUUUCUGAUAACUCUCUGGGCAACAAACCAGAGCUCAUCCUCAUUGGCACAGGUUCCGAGCUUGAGAUCGCAGCAAAAGCUGCAGAUGAGCUGAGGAAGGAGGGGAAAUGUGUCCGGGUUGUCUCACUUAUUUGUUGGGAAUUAUUUGAGGAGCAGUCUGAGGAAUACAAGGAAAGUGUCCUCCCUCGUGAUGUCAGUUCUAGGAUUAGUAUCGAGGCUGGUGUUACAUUGGGAUGGGAGAAGUAUGUCGGACAAAAAGGAAAAGCCAUUGGCAUUGACCGUUUCGGUUCAAGUGCUCCUGCUGGAAAAAUAUACAAAGAGCUUGGUUUGACGGUAGAAAAUGUCAUUGCAACAGCCAAAUCACUAUAAAGGGUCAGUCAC